CCUAAUCAAUUAUUCAAUUUUGAAGUUUCAUUUGGAGAAAAGACGGUACCUGCCGACAACUUGAUUCUUCCGAUCUGAUUUUCGUCAAUUGAUUCGGAGGUUAAUGAAGAAACCACAGAGCUUUUCUCCGAUCAUAGAGGAUUUUUCGUGAUACAUCUGUUCGGCACAGAAUUGGUGGUGACCUCGUUGCUGGCGAAUUAGCUGAUCUGAAACUAUUUUAAUGGGAGACCCAUUACAGCAUUUUGUUACAAGUAGAAACUCUGUGAGGGCGGCUGGGAAAGACUUUCCUAAGAGAAGCCUAGUAGCUGCUAUUCCAAGAGCUGUUCACCAGACGAUCGGUAAGCAUGUCUCUUUCUCAAGAAAUGGCAGUGGAACCGUGCAAAACGCAGCUGUUUUUCUGCUCAAAGUCGCUGUUUUAGAAAUCGUUCGGAGAGUUUCAAAGGCAAAGUGUCCUCAUUUAUGGAACACUCUUCAGGCGUUGCAAUGCUUCUGUUAUCCUCCUCUUAAGUGGAUUCGGAGAUGGGCUCCCUUCAAGGAUUUCAUCAAGGCAAUGCAGAUACUGUCUCGGCCAUUAUUGGUCCUCACGAUUGCGGAGGCUCUCACAGACCAGUCAGAGUCAAAGCAAGAAGCCCCAGGUGGUACUGCCUCUAAUGCAUCUUCAGAAUCACAAUCUGAGCCACAGACGUCUCAGUCUCUAUCAGACAUAAGAAUUGAAGAUGAGGCUACACAUCCUGUAUCUUCACAAGACUGGGUUAAACAACUCUACGAAGAACUGGAAAAGCAGAGACUUAGCUUGCCAGAGAGAAUCAAUGAGGAUGAGCUUCAUAGAUUUUAUAGUGUGUCAAACGGAGACUUCACUUCCUUACUAUCGUCAAUUAAAAAGACAAUCCAUUGGAGGGAGACUUACAGACUUCUAUCAGAAGAAGAACUUGAGACAUGGUCAAGUUUAGUCUUCUGGCAUGGAUACGACAGGAACCAAAGACCUUGCCUCAUUGUACGAUUGGGGCUUGCUUUUGUAAAUUUGCCAUCUCAUGAAAGACCUCGUUUCGCUCAGGCAAUCAUUUCUCAGGUAGAGCACGGCGUUCUGCAUCGUCUAAACCCGGAGAAUUCGGAACUUACGGUAUUAGUGGACUGUGAAGGAUUGUCUCCUCUGAGGAUUCCAAUGCAGAUGUUGAGAUCUUGUUCUUCAAUUCUCCAAGAUCACUUCCCCAACCGUCUCGGCUGCCUAUUCAUCAUUCGCCUUCCUCCUGUUGUCCGAGUCAUUUCUCAGACUUUCAUACAAAUUCUCAGACCAACCACACGCAAGAAAUUGAGAAUUGAAGGGGAAACUUUCCACCGAAUCCUCUCUGAAUAUCUCCAGACACUUCCUUCAUACCUUGGCAGCGACUGCAACUGCAAAAGAUGCUCAAAUCUCAGCGAACAAGAUUCACCACAACCACAAACACACACGAGAAGCAAGAUAGGAACCUCGGGAGAGACAGAGCAGCUAGACAUCAGCAGCUGGAGUUACGACGUCCAGACACCUAAUUUAGCUUAUGAGGGAGAACCGAGCCCGAACGUAUGUAGCCAAGUGUUGCGGACAUCAAUAGUGUUUGUACUCAUGCUUUGGCUCUUCGGUGCACUGCUGGCUGGAGUUGUCGAUCCUGAGAGCAGACCCUUUUAGGCUUCUGUGUGGUAAGACCAGCCCUAGUGUCUAUCUUACCUAUCUGCCAUUCGUGUACAUAGAAGUGUGUGGUAUGUAUGCAUUGAUAUAUGUACCGGUCUCUCAUUCAGCGUGGAGGGAUGACGAGAAGAAUCAAUCGGUUAAAGUUAGUUUUGGGUCAUGGUUUAAGGUUAAAUGUGUGAGGUUCGGUAUAUCGUACGUUGGGAGAAGGAACUACGGGUUAGUACGGUGUUGAGACUUUGGUCACCAUCUGCAGGAACAAGCUGACAAGCCGUGUCCAAGAUUUGUUAGUGCUGUUUUGUAAAGUCAGAUUUAUAAUAAGAAAUGUUCGUUUAAAUUUUA